AUGUGGCUACCGUCGUUCGGCUUUUUCAAAGAAUCCGAGCCGCCACUGUCCAUCGUCUGGCGUGGACGGGAAAACGAGACACUUUACGAAAACGCUCGAGUGAAAAGAGUGUUCAAUUGCCAGCGACCCAGAAGAUACCCACGUGCAGUUGUCUCCGCAAAGGCGCAGUCUGAUGUUGUCAAAGCUGUCAAGCUAGCAACUGAUCAAAGAUGCUCCGUUUCCGUCAGGGCCGGCGGACACAGUUGGCCAGUAUGGAGUCUCCGAGACGAUACCAUCCUCAUAGAUCUAGGCAAUUUUUCAAAAAUCAGCUUCGACGAAGAGACCGGCGUGGUCAAGGCAUCACCAAGCACGACUAGCGAAGAGUUAACUGAGUAUCUGCAUCCUAAAGGUCGCAUCUUCCCCACGGGACAUUGUCCAGACGUAGGAAUUGGAGGUUACCUGCUCUGUGGCGGCAUGGGAUGGAACUCCAAUGUUGUCACGAGCAGUGGAGAAGUUGUUCGUGCCGAUGCUAAACAGAAUAGUGACCUCCUCUGGGCAGCUCGAGGCGCUGGUCCAGGGUUUCCAGGGCUAGUAACAGAUUUUCAUCUUCAGACCAGGCCUUUACCAAAAGCCAUGAGGUCGUCGUUGUAUAUCUACAAGAUGAGUUAUUAUCAGAAUGUGUUUGACUGGGCACUGAAGAUCUCCUCGGGAGUCGACGAGGGACUCCAAAUUGCCGUGGUCGGAAGCUAUCCCUCAGGGUUCGAUGAACCCUGUAUAACGGUAGCCCUUUUGGCACUCGGUGAUAGCGAUGAAAGUGUUACAGAAGUAUUGCGCCUUGCAGAUGAGUCGCACCCAGAAGGAACAGCCGUCCGCUCCUAUUGUGAUGAAACGAGCUUAAAAGAACAAUUCCGUCACAAAAGGGGGGCAUACCCGGAAGGACACAGGUAUUGCGCCGAUAAUUCGUUUUUGAAUAACGACGCGGAUGUUGGUUCGGUCCUCAAGUCGGCGUUUUCAACGCUACCCACGAGAAAAUCAUUGGCACUCUACAACUCUAUGAUUCCAACAAGCCGGCGUCAGUUGCCAUCUAUGGCAUUAAGCGUGCAGUCGGAUCACUAUUUUGCGCUAUAUGGUAUCUGGGAAGACGAGAACGACGAUGCAUUGAAUCAAGCAUGGGUAUCUGAUAUCAUGAAACAGGUUGGUAAACAUUCAGUCGGUGCGUAUACGGGCGAAUUCGACUUUCAAAUGCGACGGUCACGAUUCUGGGGAGACGAGCAAAAGGAAAAAUUGAAAAACAUUAGGGAGAAAUGGGAUCCCAACGGCAUCUUCUGCGAUUAUCUGGGGUUGGAGGUUGAUCUAUAG